AUGCCACAAAAUCUGAAUAUCAAAAAGGCAUUUGAACUUGAUCAACUUGUCGAAGAGUUUGAUGACAAUGAUAUAUGUACUGUUCAUCGUGAUAAUGAUGAUAGAGAACAUAAACGACGAACAGCAGGAUUCAUGGCUAUUGUUUCUAAUUGUAAUGUUAUCAUUGGUUGGGGUGAAAGUGUCCGAUCUGAAGGUAUGCGUCGAUGGAUUUACCAACUACUGAAAAUACUUCACCUGGGCGGAAAAUUACCACCGGCUGCAGCCUAUGACUAUACUUGCACUUUCAUUGCUUACUUAAGAAAUCAAUAUGGUCUGUCUAUUCAAUCAUCACCAUAUGUUAAUGAGCUCAUGCACAAAAACUAUUGUAUCGAUCGUUUCCAUUGA